CUCUCGUUGCUCUAGUUUCGAUCCACCCAUCUACCCAGCACCUGGAUGAAUUAAUCCGAGUCGUCGGCGUAGGAAGUAUCGGAAGGUAUUGAAUCGGCCCACGCAGCGUGUGUCGUACAACUUCCUGGAUGUUGUCCUUAGGCCCGAGCUGCUAAUCCGGCUUGAAUCUCUUCACAAGGUUCGAGUACCUGUGUAUGGGAGGAAAUUCCGUGUCCACCAUGCCUUCUCCAGUCGUGAUCUCGGCGACCGCCAAACACACUGCCACCGUCAUCUUCAUGCAUGGCUUGGGUGACACAGGGUGCGGCUGGUCAUCCAUGUUCGAAGCCAUAAGGAUGCCCCACGUCAAAUACGUCUGUCCCACAGCGCCAACAAUUCCAGUCACGCUCAACGGAGGCAUGCGGAUGCCUGCGUGGUUCGAUCUCCUGUCCCUCGACCCAAACGGGAUGGAAGACGAGAACGGAAUCAAGACUGCGGCAGAAGGGAUUCAUAGACUCAUUGCGGAGGAAGAGAAGGCGGGCAUCCCUACGGAGCGCAUCCUCAUCGGUGGCUUCAGCAUGGGGGGAGCCCUGGCCCUGUACUCCGGUCUGCGCUACCCCAAGACCCUCGGAGGCAUUCUGGGCCUCAGCUGUUGGCUUCCCCUGUUCAAGCACUUUCCAAACGCGGCCAUUGGCAAUAAGGACACGCCCGUGCUCCUGUGCCACGGAGAGAGUGACGAUUUGGUGCCCCUAAGGUGGGGUUCUUUGACCUCGAACCUCCUCAAGACCUUCGUCAAGGAUGUGCAGUUCAAGCAGUACAGGGGACUGGGACAUUCCUCGUGCGAUGAGGAGAUGAAAGACGCCGGUGCCUUCAUUGGGUCGAGGCUUCCACCAUUGGCGGAAUAGGAGUCAAUCUUAGGUUGGCCGGCGGCGCGAACGAAGGCACCUGUUGUCCACUUCCACCAUCCCCCCCCCCCCCCCCCCCCCAUUUACCACGUUUCUUCCCUCCCCAACGUCUCGUCUGGCGGCCCCACGUGGCAACGACAAACGAUAGACACCCCGUUCACGAGCCGCACCCUGUCGCACCACCCCGUUCGUCGAGACCGUCUGCCUCCCGCCAUCGGUCGAAGCGAGGGGCUCGGAACGAAGCCGGGGUGGGCCGAGGAGCGCAGGCUCACACAGAGUCGCACGUAGCUUUAAAGUGUUCCGACCGUAGUUGGCGACAAAGCAAGGACGGCAGGGGGGAGCUUCAGUCGUCCCGCCUCCAGCGCGAACUUCAACGUCUCGUGCAAUCGAGUGCGCGCGCGCGCAUGUAGCCAAAGUGUUACGGAAGGCACGGAGCACAUACCAAGGACCGGGCAUUCGAAGGACGCAUCCUGCCGUUCUCGCUCUGUCGGCAACUGCACGAGUCCGGUCUUUUAUAUUUAUUUCACGCGAGUAUCUCUAAAAGGGGACUCCGCCAUCUCGUCUGCCUCGUGCAAGCUCAGUCGCAACGCUUCUCGGCUCUUUUUUUUUUUUUUUGAGACUACGGCUUGUCGAGAAAUCUGAAAUUGCUGGGUUUUUCUUUAUUUAAGUUUUAUUUCAUAAACGCAGAAGCUUAAUUCGAGGGGCGUCGAAGAUGUACGAGCACAAAAGGAUGCCGCGUCGAUGUCGGCGAAACAUUCCACCCUUGUUGCGCUUAUCCUGAGAACGAUUCGAGAAAAGUCCCUUACCACGUGCUCGGAACUUAGCUUCCACGUAUUUCAUUCCAAAGACAAUGAUCCCCACCGGGUGGAACACACAUUGGAUAUGCACAAAUGUACGUUCCACCCAAUCCAGGUACUUGUUCUUGGAGGACGGAUGGGAGCUGGUUUCAACACUCGCUGCGAACCGCCGACCUGAAACGCGGCAUCCAACAAACGCCCCCUUAUAGUCAUCGUGUGGUUGCCAACAGGCUAAAAGUGAAAGGCACAGCUCAUCAUACCGAUGCCUCAUUCUUCAGCUUCCGUAUCGAAAUGAAGCAGUUUUAACUGGUAUUGGCGGCAACCUGCUCAAUCUGUCACAUCGCGCAUUCGUAGCUACAGCAAUACGAAGUCGGUGCAGGAGCAGACGUUCUGGGCGAGGUUGCAUGGGGCUACACGGGAGCGCAGUGUCCCCGGUAUACCGCUUGGCUUUCACGCUCUGGUGGGGCGGGUACAGUGUACAGGUCAAGUUUCGUUUAGGAGGUGCCCAAAGGAGUCAUUGUUUGGGCUACUCUAGAGAGAGAGGGAGAAGAGCACAAACUGUACAGUCUUGGCUCAUAGUGAUCGUGGGAUAGUCCUAUUAUAGUCUAGAAAUAAAGUGUUAAAUAUUUCGCUCUUCUAUUCCUCUUGCCCCUGUUAACUGAAUUCCAGAAAUUAUAUUGGUAUAAUCGGGGCACCAACUCAAUCCAGUAUUAAUUUUUGUUUCCCUCCUUCGUUUGCAUUUGUCGUUGUGCUGUUUCUUUGGUUUUCGAGAACUAAUAAAUGGGAAGCAACAAUUCA